CACGAAAUAUUCGAUUACACAGAGCUCUCGCAAUCACAGGCUAUACUACCCGUCGGCUCUCCCAUCGAUGCCAACCAAACGACUCCCGUCUCCAACGCAACCACACCGACACCGGCUGUCAUAACCAAGGGGUCGGGUGGUCGUCGGUCAUGGCAUGAAUACGGCCGCAACUCAGAGAUCGAUAAAAUACAGAUACCAAAAAUACACUCAGACGUGGGAUUCAAAUACUAUUUGGAGUCUCCGAUAUCGACGAGUCAGAGACGAGAGGACGAUAGGGUCACGUAUAUAAAUAAGGGCCAGUUCUAUGGCAUUACCUUAGAGUAUAUUCCAGAUGCGGACAAACCACUCAAGAGUGCAACUGUUAAGUCACUAAUAAUGCUUGUAUUCCGAGAGGAGAAACUACACGACGAGGAGAUCAAGGCCUGGCAGUUCUGGCACAGCCGACAACAUAGUGUCAAACAACGCAUUCUUGACGCCGACACUAAAAACUCGGCCGGAAUUGUCGGUCCCAUUGAAGAAAUAACACACAAUGCGAUCGCUUUCUAUUGGAAUCCAUUGGAAGGACCGGCAAAAGUCAACGUCGCCGUCCAAUGCCUCAGCACUGACUUUAGUAAUCAAAAAGGAGUGAAAGGUCUUCCAUUACAUUUACAACUCGACACUUUUGAUGACUUUCGGGAGGGCAGUACACCUGUCCAUCGGGGCUAUGUUCAGAUCAAAGUCUUCUGUGAUAAGGGCGCCGAAAGAAAGACAAGGGAUGAGGAGAGAAGGGCUGCCAAAAGAAAACUUUCUGCCACUGGAAACGGCCGAAAGAAGAUGGAGGAGAUGUAUCACCAGACGUGUGAACGAUCAGAAUUUUACGCAAUGAGUGAUCUGUUGAAACCACCGGUUCUGUUCACACCGAGUGAUGACAUUGAAAAAAUAACAAGCGCCGACAUUAACUUCUAUGGCGGACACAAUUCCAAUGAUAUGAGUUCCACAGAAUACGACACCGACUCACAAUUGCCCUCAAUAUCCACACCCAUUCAAACCAUCACAGCAACUAUAGCACCGGCCGGACGCGAGCGAACUAUUGAUCCAUUGUCUGCAUCAUUAGAGAUGGCUAUAUCUCCCUGUCCUCCAAAGAAAAUCAAGUUAGAGAGAUAUCCCGACACUAGUGAAAGGGUUCUAUUAAUAACGGUUCAAAUGGAUGACGAUAUGGUUAAGCAUUAUUCACAUGAAGACACAGUUCUACUGGAAGUGCAUCAGAUCGAUGAGGAGACUCAUGACAUAACACUUGUUGAAUACGAUAUGAACUAAUUUUAUAAAUAUUUCAUAUAAUAUAUAAACCGAGUCGAUAUGUAUUCAAUGGACGAUACUAUUGACUAAAUCGCUGCCAAAUUUUGUGGAACUGAAUCUCAAUUACAUUAAUUUAAUACAGAAUUAAAUCCUCUACUUAUAUACAAGACUUAGAACCGGUGUUUGCGGUAAUCAGUGUCUCAAUGGAUUGAAACUCCGAUCUGACUUUGAAUUGCAAUUUAACGAUUUAAUCCUAAAAUCAAAUUAAAUAUAGUUAUAUAUUUAAAGGCAAU